AUGUUUAAAAACUCCCUUCUGUCACAAACACGUCUUUUCUCCUCCACUGCAUCCAAAUUCGGUACCAAAGUGUUUUUUAAGACCAAUUUAGGUAAAAUUGAAUUCGAGUUGUACGAUUCCAUUGUCCCAAAGACAACAGAAAACUUCAGAGCCUUAUGUACAGGUGAGAAGGGUUUCGGUUACAAAAAUACCCCAUUUCAUAGAAUCAUUCCUCAAUUCAUGCUUCAAGGUGGUGAUACCGAUCACAUGAAAGGAUUCGGUGGUAAAUCUAUCUAUGGUGCUAAAUUCCCAGAUGAGAAUUUCCAAGUGAAACAUACUAAACCAGGUUUGUUGUCUAUGGCUAAUGCUGGUCCAAACACCAACGGAUCUCAAUUCUUUAUCACUACUGUUGCUUGUCCUUGGUUAGAUGGGAAACAUGUUGUCUUUGGUGAAGUUACGGGCGGUAUGGAUGUUGUUAAGAAGAUUGAAGCAUGUGGCUCUCAAUCUGGUCAACCAACAAAGGAGGUUAUCAUUGAAGACGCUGGUGAAGUUUAG